AUGGGACCAGCACCGUAUAAUGACGCCCUUACCAUUGUCACGAGUGACAACUUGACAAGUUCUGCGCCAUUUUCUUGCAUCAUUGAUUUUACCCCUCUAAUUUCCGAGGGGUGCGAUCCGCGACCUUUGUCUCGCCGGCCGCCGGCGGCUUCGCCCAACGCGCCGGGCAUCCACAACGCCGCGCAGGUGGCCGCCUGGCGGAAGGUGACUGAUGCGGUCCACGCCAAGGGCGGGUAUAUCUUCUGCCAGUUGUGGUCGCUAGGACGGGCGGCUGAUGCCGCGGUCGCCGAGAAGGAGGGGUUCAGGGUGCAUAGUUCGAGCGCGGUGCCCAUGCCGGAGCCGGAGGAUGCGCCCGUGCCGGUGGCGAUGACGGUGGAGGAGAUUAAGGUGCGGGUGGGAGAGUAUGCGCACGCGGCGAGGUGCGCCAUUGAGGCGGGGUUUGAUGGCGUGGAGAUUCAUGGUGCCAAUGGGUACCUUAUUGAUCAGUUCCUCCAGGACACGUGCAAUCAGCGCACGGAUGAGUAUGGUGGGAGUGUGGAGAACCGGUCGCGGUUUGCGCUGGAGGUGGUGCAGGCGGUGGUGGAUGCGGUUGGGGCGGAGAGGACGGCGAUCCGGUUGAGCCCGUGGACGCGGUUCCAGGGGAUGCGGAUGAAGGACCCGAUUCCGCAGUUCUCGGAUAUCAUCCGGAAGAUUAACCGGUUUGGGCUGGCGUAUCUGCAUCUGGUGCAGAGGCGGGUGGAGACCAGCGACGCCGAGUCGGUCACGGUAGACGGGGAGAGCCUGGACUUCGCGGCCGAGCUGUGGGACGGGCCGCUGCUGAUUGCCGGCUCGAUUACGCCGCAGAAUGCGAGGGAGUUGGUGGACGGCCAGUUCAAAAACAAGAUCGUUGUCGCCACGUUUGGGCGGUACUUCAUCUCCACGCCGGACCUGCCAUUCAGGAUCAAGGAGGGCAUCGCCCUGAACCCGUACGACCGCAGCACGUUUUAUCUCCCCAAGUCGCCGGUAGGGUACAUCGACCAGCCAUUCAGCAAAGAGUUUGCGGCAUUGCAGGGACCACAGACAGUGAACUAG